AUGGCAGAGCAGCAGGGCGGAGUGGCAGAGGGUCACAGCAGCAGGGCGGAGGCAGAGCAGCAGUGGCAGAGGCAUGGCAGCAGUGCGGAGCGGGCAGGGUGGCAAGAGCAGCAGUUGCAUGGCAGCAGCAGUGCGGAGCGGGCAGCAGUGGCAGAGUGGCAUGGCAGCAGCACGGAGCGGGCAGGCAGUGGCAGAGUGCAAUGGGAGCAGCAGUGCGGAGCGGGCAGGGUGGCAAGGGCAGCAGUGGCAGGGCAGCAGUGUGGCGGAGUGGCAGGGCAGCAGGGGCAGCAGUUGGAGAGCACACAGGUCGCCACAGGGUCGCCACAGGGUCGCCACAGGGUCGCCACAGGGUCGCCACAGGGUCGCCACAGGGUCGCCACUAGGUCGCCACUCGGUUUGAUUCCGGGGCUCACUCGGUUUGAUUCCGGGCUGGCAGGCAGCAGUGGCAGGGCAGCAGUGGCAGGGCAGUGGCAGGGCAGCAGUGGCAGGGCAGCUUAG